UCAUUGGGUUUAUCAAGAGUACUUUGCACAACACCUUUUUCCCUUGUUUAUUUUCCAGUCAGUGAUACGAUGAAGUGACUUCUUGGAGUCCUUCCUCCUUGCAUUCUGGGAGGUGGGGGAGUUCAAGCAAAAGGAAGUCUGGCCGGAGAGAGUGAUGAGUAUCUGAGCUGGCGUGGCGGAGAGAGCAACGCAGAGAGAUGAGGGGAAACAGUUCGGGAAAACUGCAGAAAGGCUGUUGCUGUGUCAGGCUUUAGCUUUAGAUGAUACUUUUCAAAUGUGACACCUCCACCACCUCAUCCUGUGGUGAUUGUGUUUUUGAGAUCAUUCAUCCAAAAACGGGACUUGUUUGGAUGGAAUAAUUAGAACAUCCUAAAUGGCAAUCAUCCUGGUUAUGAAAGCACUUCAGGACUGAUGCACAAAGAAGACUUCCUGAACUUGUCAUCACCCUCUUGUGUCUGAGAGACCCUGAAACUCCAAACCGUCUGAGCAUCAUGAAUUACUCAAACAGCAGCGUUCCACUCUGCUACUCCAACACCAGCUCACCGUACAUCCACGAUCCAAAUAUCGGAGGAGUCCACUUCUCAGCCAUUUUCAGCGCUUUGGGCCUCACCUCUAAUCUAAUCGCCGUCAUUGUUCUCAUCAAAUCCUGCCAGAGGACCCAAAGCCGUUCACGCUCAUUUUUCCUCAUCUUCCUUGGUGGUCUUGUCGUUACAGACUUCAUGGGUCUUCUAGUAACAGGCUCCGUUGUGAUCUCCUUCUAUGUGAACCAUAUUGACUGGCGUCAAUCAGACCUGGGCUGCCACUUCUGUAACUUUAUGGGUAUUUCAAUGGUUUUUUAUGGACUGUGCCCUCUGCUUCUUGGAGCCACCAUGGCUGUGGAGAGAUUCAUUGGAAUCAACCUUCCAUUUGCACGGUCCACCAAAACUGCCAAAGGACGGACGGUUUCCAUGGUGCUGAUGGUGUGGUUUUUUGCAGGCUGCAUUUCUCUGCUGCCUCUGACGGGCUUCGGAAGCUAUCACAUUCAGACGCCCGGCUCCUGGUGCUUUCUUAACAUCAGUUCAAAGACAAAUGAUUGGGCCUUCUCCCUACUCUUCUCUGUAGUUGGACUGACAAGCAUUGCUCUGUCCUUUUUACUGAACACAGUAAGUGUGGUGACCCUGCUCAAAGUUUGCUGCGGACCGGACAGAACUCAGAGACGCCGAGACCAUGAAGUGGAAAUGAUGCUUCAACUUAUCUUGAUUUUGGUCAUUGCUACUGUCUGCUGGUGCCCCCUCCUGAUCUUCAUUGCUCAAAGUGCCCUGUCCAGGAAACCUCCUGAGGCCAGGUACCUUCUCCUCUGGAUCCGCUUUGCCACCUGCAACCAGAUCCUUGACCCGUGGGUUUACAUCCUUUUCCGAAGGUCGGUUCUACAGAGAUUACGCCCUCGCGUGGACUGGUCCAGAAACUCUAUGAUGAACUUAUACCCAUCUUUCCAAGGAACUAUUCGCAGGUUCACUCAGCCUUCAGUCCAAAGCAACCUGGUCCCAGACGGAAUGGUGGAGUCAAACUAGAUACCCACAACUAGCAGAGCUCAAGUGAUUAGUUGGAUUUAGGGCAGAUUCUGUAUAAGUGUCUGAGUCAGGGUAAUCCAAACCAAUGUCAUGAGACAACUGAAUUUGGGGAUAUUUUUAAUAUUUAAUUGUAUUUACCUUUCAGUAUUUAAAACAAAAUAUUAUCAGAAUAGGUUAGAUUGCAUCAAAGAAAAACAUUUUAAUCCGACAACUAGACAAUCUCAGCCGUUUUUAAGAAAAACAUCUAGCUUUUUUUUAUAUAAUUGUUUAUAACAUGAAGUAAAAUACUUCUCAAUCACUGUUUUCUGAAUUUCAUUAUAGGAAACUGGAUGGCCAUCACUAACAUGGCAGUGAAAAAAAUGGACAAAUGCACUGAAAGCACGGUUUGCUGUUUCAUCAAACUGCAUGUUGAUUUUUGUUUGUUUCAUCUUUAGUUCUUUUGGGGCUUUUGCUAAUUUUAGAAAUAGGAAUUUCUAUGACAAUAUAAUAUUUUUUCUUUAUUUUUAAUCAUAAUUUUUUGUUGUUAAAUUUAGGUAAUUUUCAUGUUCUAAUAGUCAAAGAGGAAUUUUGUCAAAAGAUUUUUUUUCUUGCUGCUAAGGAUUUAUUGGUUUUUAAAUUUCAAGGGUGGCCUUAAUUUAAGGGUGGUGUUAAAAAAAAGAAACACAGAAUUAUUUUUUUUAGAAAUAAUGUAAAAUGUUUUAAAGUUUUUUAUUGUUGGUGUAAGAUGAAGAUCUUCUUUUUAUAAAGUGACUUUUAUGCUUCCUUUGUCUUUAUGAGCAAACCUGGUCUUCUUCCUUACCUGACAUGCCUCCCUAAACCAUCCAUAACUGUGGCCUUGUGUUUAUGGUCUGUCUUUAGUAAACCUUACACCAAGUCAAUUGAGUAACAUCAAUAAAAAGCAUCUUGUUUUAGCCUGAUGCAAUGGUUGAUUCA